UAAAUUGACACCGAACGGUGAGGUAGGCUCUUUUUCUGUUUUCAGUCCUUAUUUAUCGUGAAAAUUACUCGAAUUUCGUGAUAUUCCGCCGCAGCACACACCAGUUUAAUGCCUAAAAUUUGCUGAGGCUUACAGCAGAGGGCAGUGUCGGGUCUCGUGAACAAGAGCGAUGGUAAUGGAGGCGUCCCCAUCCCCCUCCCCGCAGAGCGUCGGCCGCGAGUUCGUCCGCCAGUACUACACGCUGCUGAACAAGGCACCCACACACCUCCACAGGUUCUAUAACAACUACUCGUCGUUCGUGCACGGCGGGCUGGACGCGCCGCACCGGGAGACGCUCCCCGUGGUCGGCCAGAAGCAGAUCCACAACCGCAUCCAGCAGCUCAACUUCCGCGACUGCCAUGCCAAGAUCAGCCAGGUGGACUCGCAGGCGACGCUCGGGAACGGUGUGGUGGUGCAGGUGACGGGCGAGCUGUCCAACGGCGGCGCCCCCAUGCGGCGCUUCACGCAGACUUUCGUGCUCGCGGCCCAGUCGCCCAAGAAGUACUACGUGCACAACGACAUCUUCCGCUACCAGGCGGGCGAGCUGUCCAACGGCGGCGCCCCCAGGCGGCGCUUCACGCAGACCUUCGUGCUCGCGGCCCAGUCGCCCAAGAAGUACUACGUGCACAACGACAUCUUCCGCUACCAGGCGGGCGAGCUGUCCAACGGCGGCGCCCCCAUGCGGCGCUUCACGCAGACCUUCGUGCUCGCGGCCCAGUCGCCCAAGAAGUACUACGUGCACAACGACAUCUUCCGCUACCAGGACCUGGUGCCGGAGGACGAGGAGCCGGGCUCGCCCGCGGAGCCGGCGGGCUACUUCCCCCCGCCGCCCUUCCCGCCCGCCUUCCCCGCGCCGCCCGUCCUGGACGAGCCCACGCUCAACGGCCACCAGCCCGAGCGGCUGCACGCCCCCGCGCCCGCGCCCCCCGCGCCCCCCGCGCCCCCCGCGCCCCCCGCGCCCCCCGCGCCCGAGCCGGAGCCCGAGCCGCCGCGCGAGCCCACGCCGCCGCCCGUGCAGCAGCCGCAGCCCGUGGUCCCCCCUGAGCCGAAAACGUACGCCAACCUGCUGAAGUCGUCCGCGCCGGUGUCGGCGGCGCCGGCGCCCUCGUCCGUGGCGCCUGCGCCCGCGCACGUGCACGCGGCCGCGCCGGCGCCGCAGGAGCAGCGCCCGCGCGUGGCGCGCCCGCCCAGGGACUCGCAGCCCAACGAAGGCAGCCGCAACGAGCGCGGGCCUCGCGACGGCGACCGUGAGCGCGACUCGCGGGACUCGCGCGACUCCCGGGACUCGCGGCGCUACUCGGACUCGCAGCAGCUGUUCCUGGGCAACGUGCCGCCGUCCGCCACCGAGGAGGAGCUGCGCGCGCUGUUCUCGCGCUUCGGGCCCGUGGCCGAGCUGCGCGUGCUGGGCCGCGCGCCGCACCCGCACUACGGCUUCCUCACGUACGAGAGCGCCAAGCACGCGCAGGACUGUCUCAGCGCGCAGCCGCUGUACUUCCCGGCGGACAGCCCGGACGGCGUGAAGCUGAACGUGGAGGAGAAGAAGGCGCGCGGCGCCGCGGCCCGCGACCCGCCGCGCCGCCGCCCCUCCUCCUCGCACCGCGCCUUCCCCGCGCCGCCCCGCCAGCCCUACCGCCGCUAA